AGGGAGCAAAUCGCGACGACAAUGGCAGGACCACCAGGAGACUCUUCCUCCUCCAAGAAGCGCACAAUCGACGGCGUCUCCGUCUCGAGGGAGUUAUCCGCCCUGCGUGCGGACGAACAGGAUUUCCCCCGUGGUGGAGCGAGUGUGUUGACACCCCUCGAGUACAAGGAAGCCACGAACGAAGCUACACGGGACGUCUUGUUCGGGACUUCAGAUGCGGCGCCUGAGGCCAAGAGGAGGAAGACACAGAAACCUAAGCCCAACAAGCAGCAAAAGAGCGGAAAGAAAGAUGAAGCAGAGACGGAGAAAAAGAUUGAGGGACCAAGAAUAGAGGGAUUGAGUUUCAAGAGGUUGGCGAAGGGUACUGUUGUUUUGGGACAGAUUUCGAGCAUCAAUGCGUUGGAUAUGGUCGUUGCGCUGCCGAACAAUAUUUCUGGGUAUGUUCCCAUUACUGCCGUUUCGCCCAAGUUGUCGGCGAAUUUGGAUGCGGAGAUGAAGAAUGCGGAGGAUGAGGAUGCGGAGGAUGGAGAUGUCGAGGGUGCGGAUUUGAAGGAUUUGUUUAGGGUUGGGGAGUGGGUUCGGGUGUAUGUCACCGAGAACACGACGGGAUCGGUGGAGAAGAAGCUUAAGAAGAGGGUUGAGUUCUCUCUCUUCCCGGAACUCGUUAAUGGUGGACUCACGUUGGACGAUUGCGCUAAUACCGUCGUGCUUCAAGCUGCUGUGUUGUCGGUUGAGGAUCACGGACUUGUCGUGGAUGUCGGGAUCAAUGGUAUCACUGGUUUCGUGGCAAAGAAGGAUGUUGGAACACUCGAGUUUGCGAAGAUUAGGGAAGGUCAGGUUUUCCUUACCUCCGUAACUGGUAUCCCUGCCUCCCGCCGAAUCGUCCAACUCACCGCCGAUAUCACAUCGAAGAAAGCUUCCGUCCCUCUACAGGAAAUCUCGUCAAUUGACCAACUCCUCCCUGGAACGACCGUCAACGGACUCGUUACCGCCGUCCGUGGUACACAAGGUCUCGUGGCGAAGUUGUAUGGGUUGGUCGAUGGAACGGUCGACAUCUUCCACCUCGACGCAAACUCAAACAAGAAAUACAAGGAGGGCGACACGAUCCGCGCCCGUGUCAUCUCCACCUUCCCUGGCUCCGAACCCCGGAAAGUCGCGUUGUCUCUCCUCCACCACGUGCUCGAGCUCAACACUGCCUCUAUCCGCCAAGGCAAGGCUCGUCAGGAUCCGCUUGAGGCUUUGCCGAUUGGAACUAUUGUGGAGGCGGCGAAGGUGAAGAAGGUUGAGGCUACGCAGGGGUUGUGGUUGGAUAUGGGCGUUUCUGGAAUCCAGGGAUUCUGCCACAUCUCGCGUGUAGCGGAUAAGAAGAUCGAGACGCUUUCUGCUUCUACUGGAGCUUACAAACUCGAUUCUGUCCAUCGUGCGCGUAUUGUUGGUUGGGCGCCUGUUGAUGGGUAUUACAUCGUCUCCAUGGAGGAGAAGGUCCUUGAGCAGAAGAUCUUGAGGGUGGAGGAUGUGAGGGUUGGUGAGGUCAUUAAGGUUGAGGUUAGGAAGAUUAUUGGGGCUGGUAUUGUUGUUGAGAUCACGGAUAGUGUUACGGGGUUGGUUCCGACGAUUCACAUGGCCGAUACUGCCCUCCAGAACCCGGAGAGGAAGUUCAGGGAGGGAAUGUCCGUCGACGCAAAGGUCGUUUUUACUGAUCCUUCCAAGAGACGUGUGGCCUUGACCCUGAAGAAGAGUUUGUUGAACUCUGAUUUGCCGCUCAUCCAAUCUUUCGAGAGCGUUGAGGUCGGACAGAAUGCCGUUGGUACCCUUGUGACGUUGUUGGAUAAUGGUGCGUUGGUUGAGUUCUUUGGUGGUGUCAAAGCGUUCUUGCCGGUUGCGGAGAUGAGUGAGGCAUACAUCUCUAACCCCCGUGAUCACUUCCGUGUUGGACAGACCGUUAGCGUUUGGGUCCAGUCCGUCGAUGCCGAGAACGAGAAGAUGCGUGUUUCGUGCAAGAAUCCUGCGGCUUGGUCGCAGGGCCAGUCCCAGAAGUUCGAUGCGGUCGAGGUUGGUGGUGUCGUUUCUGCUACCGUCGCUGAUAAGCCUGAGGACCAGAUCAUUGUUUCUGUGUUGCCGGAUAUGAUUAAGGGUAUUAUCUCCUUGCCGCAGUUGAGCGAUGAGGAUUCUACGAAGGCGAAGGCUGUUCACACCAAGUUGCGCGUCGGACAGACAUUGAAGGAGCUCGUUGUUAUCUCCAAGAACGAGAGGAGCAAGCUUCUUGUUUUGUCGAACAAGCAGUCCUUGAUUAAGGCCGCUAAGGCUGGCAAGUUCCUCAAGAGUCUUGAGGGUGUCAAUGUCGGUGACAAGGUCGUUGGAUACGUCAAGAAUGUUACUGACUUUGGUGUCUUUGUUGGUUUUGCGGGUAAUCUUGUCGGGUUGGCGUUGAAGGCGCAUUUGUCUGAGCAGUACGUUCCUUCCGUUCAGGCUCUUUUCAGCCAGGGACAGAGCGUUACUGCGACAGUAGCCGAUGUCAACCGCGAGGAGAACAGGUUGCAGUUGACUUUCAGGGAGUUGAAGACUGUCGAGGACAAGCCCAAGGAGAAGAAGGAGAAGAAGGUUGCGCCGGAGGGUAAGACGCUCGCUGCUAAGCCUAUCGACCAGAACGUCACCUGCGUUGAGGACUACCAACCCGGGUUCAUCACUAAGGCUAAGAUCUCUUCAAUCAAGGAGUCUCAGAUCAAUGUUGAGCUCGCUAGCAAUGUUCAUGGACGCAUUGAUGCUUCUCAGAUUUAUGACUCGUACAAGGAUGUCAAAAACAAGAAGAACCCCCUCAAGGCCUUCAACGUUCACCAGAUCAUCGACGUUAAGGUCCUUGGAUGGCACGACGCGAAGAACCACCGCUUUUUGGCUAUUACUCACAAGAAGAGCAACAAGGGUCCCACUGUCUUGGAGUUGACCAUGAAGCCUUCCGAGUUGAAGAAGGCUGAGGUCAACAUCCCGGGAUAUGCGGAUAUUAAGGUUGGUGAGAAGUACACCGUUUUCGUCAACAAUGUUGCCGCUUACGGUUUGUUCGUUACUCUCAACCCCAACGUCCGUGGUCGUGUCAACAUCCUCGAUGCCUCCGACAAUGUGGACGAGAUUCAGAACCUUGCUGAGCACUACCCUGUCGGUGCCGCUCUUGAGGUCAAGGCUGUCAGCAAGGACGACAAGAACAACUUUGUAAACUUCUCUGCCCGCGCCUUGAAGAACCCUAUCACCAACUACGAGUCUCUCAGCGUUGGCGCUAUCAUCCCCGCUCGUGUCACCAAGAUUACUGAGCAGGGUUUGAUUGUCCAGUUGAGCGAUGAGUUGAUUGGUCGUGUCUACCUUACCGAUAUUGCUGACGAGUACUCUGCUGAGCCUACCAAGGGCUUCGAGAAGGACCAGAUUGUCCGUGUCUGUGUCGUUGAGGUGGAUGUUUCCAAUAAGCGCAUUGCCUGUUCCACCAGGGUGUCCAGGACUCUCUCUUCCUCUGCCGCCAAGGUCGAUGCUGAGAUCAACACCGUCAGUGACCUCACGAAGGACUCUGUCGUCCGUGGUUACGUCAGGAACGUUGCCGACAACGGUUUGUACGUUUCGCUUGGUCGCAAUGUUGUCGCUCGUGUCAAGAUUGCCGAGUUGUUCGAUGAGUACGUCAAGGACUGGAAGCCCAAGUUCAAGAAGGACCAGCUCGUUGAGGGUCGCAUCGCUUCCGUUGACAAGGAGCACAGCAGGGUGGAGAUGUCUUUGAAGAAGAAGGCCGUCUCUGAGACCAGGUCUGAGGGAAUCAAAUUGACUGACCUUGAGGCUGGCCAGAUCGUUGAUGGUCUCGUCACCAAGGUUGUUGACUAUGGUCUCUUCAUUCGCGUUCAGGACUCUUCUGUCUCGGGUCUCUGCCACAUUGCCGAGGUCUCCGACACUAAGAUUAAGGACUUGAGCAAGGUUUACUCUGAGGGUGACCUCGUCAAGGCUAAGAUCUUGAAGAUCGACACCGACAAGCGUCGUGUUUCCUUCGGUCUCAAGUCUUCUUACUUUGAGGAUGCUGAGGAGGACGAUGAGGAGGACGACAGUUCCGAGGAGGAAGGUUCUGAAGACGAUGAGGAGAUGGAGAUCGAAGGCCUUGAGUCUGGCGAGGAGGACGAGGAUGAAGAUGAUGAUGAGGACAUGGAGGGCUUCGAGUUUGAGGAUGAAGAUGCCGACGAGGGCAGCGAUGAUGAUGAGCAGGAGGAGAAGGCGCCUGCUCUGUCCGUUGGUGGUUUCGACUGGUCUGGCGAUGUCAUGGCUUCCCUGCAGGGUGGUGCCGAGUCUUCUGACUCAGAGAGUGAAGAUGAGGAUGAUAACACCAGCAAGAAGAAGAAGAAGUCAAAGAAGUCUGCCGUUAAGAUCGACAAGACCGCCGACCUUGACAAGCAGGCUCCUCAAACUUCUUCUGACUACGAGCGUUUGCUCAUCGGUUCGCCAGACUCCUCUUUCCUCUGGAUCAACUACAUGGCUUUCCAGCUCCAGCUUUCUGAGAUCGAGAAAGCGCGUGAGAUUGGAGAGCGUGCGUUGAAGAGCAUCAACUACCGCGAAGAGCAGGAGAAGCUCAACGUCUGGGUUGCUAUGAUGAACUUGGAGAACACCUUCGGUUCUGAAGAGACUCUGGAAGAUGUCUUUAAGCGCGCUUGCCAGUACAACGAGCCUAAAAAGGUGUACGGUCACCUCUGCGAUAUCCUUGGCCGUUCUCAGAAGAUCGCGGCUGCGAAGGAGCUUCACCAGAAGACUGUCAAGAAGUUCUCCCAGUCCAGCAAGGUCUGGAGCAACUUUGCUCAGUUCCUGGUCGACAACAGCAGCAUCGAGGAUGCUCGUGCUCUUUUGCCGCGUGCUCUUCAGAGUUUGCCUAAGCGCAAGCACAUCAAGACUAUUCUCCGUUUUGCGCAGAUGGAGUUCAAGUCUGGUGAUGCCGAGCGUGGACGCACGAUUUUCGAGGGUCUUCUUAGCUCAUACCCCAAGCGUCUUGAUCUGUGGAACAUCCUCCUUGAUCUCGAGACUACCCAUGGUGAGACCGAUGCCGUCAGGCGUCUCUUCAACCGUGUCUUGGCUCUCAAGUUAUCGAGCAAGAAGGCCAAGUUCAUCUUCAAGAAGUGGCUUGGUUUCGAGAAGGAGCAUGGUGACGAUGUGAGUGUCACCGAGGUGAAGGAGAGAGCUGCUGAGUGGGUCGCACAAAACGUCAAGGGUGACGAGUAAACUUCUGCGGAUACCAUGGUAUACAUUCUUUAGCAUUUUUGGGUUUUUUUUUU